AUGAAUUAUGGUGAUUCAAAUCAACAGCACAGAGGAGAAGUUGGUGGAAAGCUUACCUUAUACUGCUCCUCUAACAAACACAAGGAAAUAAAGCUUUUCUACCUGCAGAGAAAUUCUGGACAGCACAACGUUGAAUUUGUUAAUGGAUUUUAUGAAAACAGGAACAUCUCAAACACAUGGCCAGGCACCACUCUUGACCGCAACAACACGUCUGUGCACUUUCACAACCUAAAGGUCUCUAACAACGGGAACUAUCAGUGCAUCAUUGUGUACAAAGACGAAGGAAAAAGUGAAGAAACACACCGUGUCUUUGUGACAGCGCCCUACAGCAAACCCACAGUCUCAGUGAAUUGUUCUGAUGAAAGCCACUCCUACAUCUGCAUGGUGACAUGCUCCUCACAUGGCGGCUACCCGGCCACCAAGGUGACAUGGAACAUCUCUGUGCCUGUGAAUCAUAGUGGCGAGGCGUGGAAAGUGUUUAGCAGCAGCGAAGUAAGCGAUCCAAACUCCAAGUUGGUCAACAGCUCCAGCACAGCGCACUUCAACUGCUCCAACAGAGUGCCACAGUCCUUCGGGUGCUCUGUAGGGAUCGUCAUCUCGGACACAUUCACAGUGUGUGAGUACUGCAUUUUAAAUUACAAAAGACUAAAUGUGCUCUUUUCAAAGGAGUAA